CAAAGGGUGUCGCGGAUGGGCGGAGCUAUAGUUCUCGCCGGGCGGUGUCUGAAGAAAACCAAGAGCUUCCCGACUCAGACACAACGAGGACUUGGCUUCCAGAGGGGAAUUCGAUUUUACUCAAUCACUUGGUGGACUUCAGGGGUCACAAUGUCACAGCAGAUAAGCCCUGAGGAAAUGGAGGAGAUCAGAGAGGGCUUCCAGAAAGUAGAUGUGGACGGCAAUGGGUACAUCUGCGUCAAGGAGCUUGGUGAUCUCUUCCGUGAGGUCAAUUGUCCCUUACCUGGUUACCAGAUUCGUGAGCUCAUCCAGAAACUUGACAGAGACAAAGACAGCCACAUCAGCCUUGAAGAGUUCGCCGCUAUUUUUAAGGAUAUGAAGGACGACCGUAUCGCCAAAGGGUUCAGAAAGGCUCUCAACAAGAAGGAAGGUAUUGUUGCCAUCGGGGGCACCAGUGAAAUCUCAAGUGAAGGAACUCAACAUUCAAUCUCUGAACAGGAGCGCUUUGCCUUUGCAAACUACAUCAACUCUAUUUUGGAGAAGGAUCCAGACUGCAAACACGUGCUGCCCAUCAACCCUGACACCGGAGCUCUCUUCAAAGCGCUGGCAGACGGCAUUGUACUUUGCAAACUCAUCAACCAAUCUGUUCCUGAGACCAUUGAUGAGCGAACCAUUAAUACAAAGAAACUCACUGCCUUCACUACACAGGAGAAUCUCAAUUUGGCUCUGAACUCAGCCUCGGCUAUUGGCUGCCAAGUCGUCAACAUUGGAGCUCAAGAUCUGAAAGAGGGAAAACCUCAUCUGGUCCUUGGACUCCUCUGGCAAAUCAUUAAGAUCGGACUUUUUGCAGAUAUUGAGCUGAGCCGUAAUGAAGCGAUUGCGGCGCUGCUGGAGGAAGGGGAGAGUUUGGAGGAGUUGAUGAAACUCAGCCCAGAGGAGUUGUUGCUGCGCUGGGCCAAUUUCCACUUGAAGAAAGUUGGCAUGACCCUGACAAACUUUUCAGGCGAUAUUAAGGACUCCAAGGCUUAUUUCCACCUACUGGAGCAGAUCGCACCAGAUGGCAGCAAAGAGGGCGUUGAUCGAGUUGAAAUCGAUAUGGUUGGACUUUAUGAGAAAGAUCUUGCGAAGAGAGCAGAGCUCAUGCUGCAACAAGCCGAUCGUCUUGGCUGUCGACAGUUUGUGACAGCGACUGAUGUCGUAUCUGGAAACUCAAAGCUCAACAUGGCCUUUGUGGCCACACUCUUUAACAAACACCCGGCUCUGACUAAACCGGAGAACCAAGACUGGAAUCUUGAGAGUGAGACCAGAGAGGAGAGAACAUUCAGGAACUGGAUGAACUCUCUGGGAGUCAGUCCACGUGUUCACCACAUCUAUGGCGAUCUGCAGGAUGCCAUGGCUAUUCUGCAACUAUAUGAAAAAAGUAAGGUGCCGGUGGACUGGGACAACAGAGUCAACAUGCCUCCAUUCAAGGCAGUAGGGGGAGGCCAUCUGAAAAAGAUAGAAAACUGUAAUUAUGCUGUGGAGCUGGGAAAGAAGCAAGCUGGUUUCUCGCUCGUGGGAAUUGCAGGACAGGACCUCUAUGAUGGAAAUGCGACUCUCACUCUCGCACUGGUGUGGCAGCUGAUGAGAAGGUACACGUUAAAUUUGCUCGAAGACCUUGGGGAUGGAGCAGUUGCAGGAGAGGAUUUAAUAAUCACAUGGGUGAACAAAACUUUGUCUGAAGCCGGCAAGACUUCUUCUAUCAAAAGCUUCAAGGACAGGUCACUCAACACGAGUAUUCCAGUUUUGGACCUAAUUGAUGCCAUCCAACCGGGGAGUGUGAACUUCGAACUGGUUCAAAAAGACAAUCUGACAGAUGAGGACAAACUCAAGAAUGCCAAGUAUGCCAUUUCCAUGGCAAGAAAGAUUGGCGCCAAGGUCUAUGCCCUGCCUGAGGACUUGGUAGAGGUCAACCCCAAAAUGGUGAUGACCAUUUUUGCCUGCCUGAUGGGAAGAGGCAUGAAGAGGGUGUAAAGGAGAGAAUGGAUGACCAUAUCCAAUUCUACCGACUGACUCUCUUUCCUGGUUGGACUGUGGACGUGUUGGUUCUCUCGAAACCAAAUGGGUACAUGGUCUCAAUUUAGCAGCUUGGUGUUUCUUCAUACAGUAUAUAAAUCUUUAUUUCAGGGGUAACAUAAUGGUACAGUUGUUUUCAAGGUGACAAAUCUGCGGUAGGGUAGUCUACAGUUCUGUCCAGUGCAUGCUGGGGAAUGCUGCAAACUUAGUGGGAGUUUGGAUACGCCUGGUUAGAAAUAGAAAUGAAUCAAAGGCCUUGUUUGUUUUCAUACAUACUGUACUAUUGUACAUGGGAAUCAUUUAAAGCCUCUGUAUGUAAGUUUUUACUUUAUAGACAACCAAGUUAGGCCAUGUUUUAAUAAAACAGUUUAAAACAG